UCAAAGAUUUUACCUCUUUCAAUGGCAGAAGAACGACCUCCUCCAGCACCAAUUUGUGUUCUUAAAGUAAAUAUCCAAUGUUGUGCUGCAUGUCGCAAGAAAAUCAAGAAGACUUUAGAGAAAAUACAUGGUGUUAACGCUGUCAAGGUAGAUGCAGAGCGCGGGCUUGUAUCUGUCUCUGGCGCCGUUGACCCGUCGGUGCUGAGCCAGGCAAUAGCAAAGAAGCUCAAAAAAAAGGUAGAGUUAUACGCCUAUGAGAAGACGCCCAAGCAGGAGAGCAAGAAGGCAGAAAGUGAAAAAUGCAAUGUCCAGAGUGAAGGAAAGACGGCACCCUCUCAUAAUAGCUCCCGGGAUCCUGAUGGUGGUCAUGAUGGAGGAGACAGCCGAACGCUUCCAAAGACUGGCACGGUAGAUGAGAGAAAUUCUGUUGAAUCCAGAGUGUCAACAAUGCAACACGCACAAGUUGGGGACCACCACCUUCCAUACAAUUUCUACCAGAAUGAAGCACCAGCAAGGAAUAACUCCAUUUUGCACUCAUUCUGUGAUGAAAACGUGAACAGUUGCAGCAUCAGCUGAUUACCAAUCAACUGCAACAUUUGUGGGGAUUUUCAAUUUCUCACUAGAAGUCUAGAACAUAUCUAACCAGAAUAUUUAUCAAUUAAUAUAAUAAGGUAGUUUUU